AUGAUUGGUUCCAGAAUGAGAAUGCUGGCCGCUAGACAAUACCAUAUUUCUGCCAAAGACAGCGCAAGCAAAGUGUCCACUUUGGCUGUCAGAGUUCACGGUGGUUCUCGUUACGCUGGGAAAGACGGUGUGGCGCAUUUGCUGUCGAGAUUUAACUUCCACAACACUGGCAACAAGUCAGCGUUGCGUUUGGUGCGUGAAUCAGAGCUUCUAGGAGGCCGUUUUGAGUCUAGUGUGGACCGUGAGUUCAUCACGCUCAAGGCUACGUUCUUGAAGGAGGAUUUGCCAUACUACGUGUCGGCUUUGGGUGACGUGGUUUACAAGACUUCCUUCAGACCCCACGAGCUACCGGAAUCUGUGCUUCCAGCAGCCAGAUACGAUUUGGCGCAGGCCGAAGCGUGUCCUAUCAAAACCUCCGAAAACUUGCUGUACAGCAUUGUCUUCCGUAAUGACCUCGGUAACGCUGUGCUCUACGACGGUGUGCAAAAAGUGACGCUUGACGACAUCAAGGCGUACGCUGACAAGGUCUACACCCGCGACAACAUCGAGAUUUCGGGCCAGGGUGUCAACGAGGCCGACCUCAAGCGUUUUGUCAACGACUCGUUGUUCGCGUCGUUGCCCCAGGGCACUUCAUUGGCCAAGGAAAGCGCCCCACAAACUUACACCGGUGAGACCCGUCUGAGAUCCAGCGAGGGCGAGUCUGUCGCGGCCAUUGCCGUGCCAGUCGCCAAGUCCGAUUUUGCUACCUACGAAGUGUUGGCCACCUACUUGUCGUCCGCUUUGUCGGAUCUUUCGCCAUUGAUCUCCAAGGUCAAGUUCGACUCUUACUCGAACGCCGGUUUGUUCUCGCUCUACGUGAAGGGUGCUGACGCCGCUGCUGUUUCCGACAACAUCAAGAAGGUUGUUUCCUCUUUGAAGAAGUCUCAGGACAUUUCUGCUGCCAAGGACGCCACUGUCUUGCGUUUGGCCUUGAAGAACGAGACCGAGCCUUUUGCGCAGACCGUGUCUCUAGACAAGGUCAAGGACUUCAAACUGGGCAAAUUCAGCUACGCUGCCGUUGGUGACGUGAGCAACUUGCCCUUCGCCGACCAGUUGUAA